UCGUUAAAAUUAAAAACAAAAUUUAUUUCAAACAUUUUAGUUUUCCUGUUUCUAUUCUUAAAUAAAAAAAAAGAAACAAAAAAAAAUUCCGUCUAACUACAUUAAAGUAAUUGUUUAAAAAUAAUAAGUCAAAAAAAAUGUUUCGUUUAAAAUUAUUAUUUAUUUUGUGUCUCUAUAAUAUUACUCACGGUGGUAUAAUAGUGAAAGACAAUGAAAUAUCACCGAGUGUUAUAAUUAUUGGUGCUGGAGCAGCGGGAAUAGCGGCAGCAUCAAAACUUUAUGAAAAUGGUUUUAAGGAUGUAAAAAUUUUUGAAGCAGACGAAAGAAUUGGUGGUCGAAUUCAUUCCACUUUAUUUCAUAAUCAAAUGGUCGAUUUGGGUGGUCAAUGGGUUCAUGGGGAGAAAGGUAAUAUUGUAUUUGAAACAGCAUGGCCUCAGGGAUUAUUGGAAAGGGGAAAUUUUUUAGAUGGACAAUUUGAACUUUUUGAUUCAUCAGGCAAAAAAAUGAAUCAAUCGAUAGCUGAUGAUUUAAAGAGAUUCUUUUUUCAAACAAUUGAUAAUUUGGAUCAGUAUGCUAAGAGAAGAAAUGGACCAAUUGGUCAACAUUUUCAUAAUGAAUUUGAAAAAUAUUUUAAAGCACAUCCAUUUUUGAAAAAUGAUGCUAAUGGACUUUUACAUUUAUUUGACAAAAUUGACAUGGAGGAAGACGGUGGUAAUAGUUGGUGGGAUGUUUCAACUAGAAAUGUAAUUCAAUAUAUAAUGAGUCCGGGUGCUAAUCAACUUAAUUGGAAAAAUCGUACCUACUUUACUAUUCUUGAUAUUCUAAUGAAACGAUUUCCAAAUCCAAAGGAAGAACUUCCUAAUAUGAAUAAUACGAUAUUAAAUUCUCAAGUGACAUUAAUUUAUAAUAAUGAAAAAUUUGAAACUGUCACAGUAACAACAGCUAAUGGUGGAAUUUAUACAGCUAAUCAUGUGAUAGUAACAGUAUCAUUGGGUGUAUUGAAAGAAAAGCAUAAUCAAUUAUUUUAUCCUCCUUUGCCAAAUGAAAAAGUGAAAACAAUUAAUGGAAUGGGAUUUGGAAAUGAAGCAAAAAUUUUUCUCGCAUUCGAAAAACCAUGGUGGAAACAUAAAGAUCCUGGAUUUUAUUUCUAUUGGAAAGAUGAAGACAGAGUUGAAAUUGAAAAAGAACCAGAAAAAAGAUGGCUUCUUGGUUUAAAUAGAUUUUCAUUUGUUGAUCAUAGACAUGGAUUACUGUAUGGAUGGUUGUCGGGAAAUUAUUCACAAGAAAUGGAAAUGAUUCCAAAGGAGAAAGUGUUUAAUCAUUUAAUUGAAGCCCUUCAAAGAUUUAUGGGAAAACAUUAUAAUAUAACAAAACCAAUUGGCAUGAUUAGAAGUAAAUGGAACAGUAAGGAAAAUUUUAAAGGAGCAUACAGCUUUUUACAAACAUCAAAAUUUGACGACAUUUCACCAUCAACAUUGGCUCAACCAAUUGGAAAAAGAAAGCCAAAAAUUUUAUUUGCUGGCGAAGCGACACAUUCGCAUUUUUUUUCAACUGUUCACGGCGCUAUUGAAUCAGGAUUUCGAGAGGCUGACAGGCUUAUAAGAAUUUAUCCACAUCUUAAAAAGUAAUAAAUUCUCAACGAAGUAGCGUAAAAUUGAUAGCUAAUUAAAUAAACAUGUAUUAUUUAAAAAAAAAAAACCUCAUGAAUUUGAUGUAUUAGAAAUUAAAAAAAAAUUAGUAAUAGAACUAUAAGAAUCUAAUCCUUCUAAAUCACAUUCAGGGUAAAACUGUUUUACCUGUAGGUGAAUAUAAAUAUAGUAGCAGUAUUAAUUUUAAAAUCAAUUUACUGUCUUUCUAAGGAUAGGAAUUCACCUUUCCUAUAAGUAUAAUAAUUUACAUUUCUGUCGGAAAUUAGUUAUUGGCUUUAAUAAAUACCUUGUCGAAGGCUUCUUUUGCGUGUAUAAUGUUAAUUUA